ACCGCAUUCCAAACAGCAAAUAAAUACCAGCAGUUCGUGUUAACAUAAAAUAAAUUCUAAAGAAAAUAUAAUUGUCGAUGCAGGCUGUGGAUGGUCAUCACAUCCCCUUCUCUUGUAGAGGAGCCUGCAGAAAGUUUUAAAAGGAUGCUUCAGACUGAAUAGAGACAAAAACUAUGUAGUCGUUAGGCCUUGCAAUCGAUGCAAUAGAAGAACAGACCUCAUCAAUAUUUUACAGAAGACCGUUCAUCACCUGACUGACUCGCACGAACACCCGCUGUGCAUGUUGACGGCUCUCUGCACAUGCGCAGUGGCUGUCCUACUCCUGCACAGUAAAAACUUCUCUCUUUACAGGAAUGGCGUUUCACAAGCAAAAAAAAAAAAAGAUGAAACUAUUGCCGUAACGGGAGAAAAGACAAUCGCGCAUGUCUAAAAAAUUCCAUUGGACCUUUUCCAACUGAUGAGGCUACUGUGUCACUUUAUUCUUAACUUCUACAUCACUCGGAUUUCGGCCUCUCCUGCACAGACCAAUUCAAACUCCUAACUGGAUACAUAAGGAGGGAUUGUUUCAUUAUUGAUACUUUGUGAAUCAUGUCAUGGCUCAGGGCAGUUACAUCUCAAGAAAUGUAUCAGGUCAACUCGCUGAAGAGUGCAUUUCUUACUACUUGGGGAAUAACUACAAUUAUCAGUCGGAUGUGGACUACCUCAAGUGUGUGGACAAUUUUCAACACAGCACCACCAUUAAGCGAUUAAAUCUUAAGAGGAGGCCCAGAGUGGCCAUCAAUAAUGCGGACAAAACACAUGGUGACAUUUCAUCCAGCCAGUGGCAUUCUGCAGAAUCCUUGCCAUCAUCUUGCAAUGAUGAUACACGACUACUGGGUAUGUCUUCUACAACCAGAGGUCGACCUCCUUUACCUCCACCACAUGGUUCCUCAUUGGAUAGCAAAUCGUCUAGGAAUGAAGGAUCAGCAAUGUCUCCCACCCUUACUGAGUCAAAGCCUCAGCCUGCUGCACGAUCUCUUGUCUUGCACAGACAAAGCCCCGAGACCCAUAAACACUUGGAUCAGGAGGUGGCGAACCAGCCUCCACCUCAGCCCCAACCCCGUCGACGACUGGCCAGCUUUGGAGGGGUAAGCUCCCCUGGGUCAGUUUCCCCCUUUACUGGCUUGAGUGCAUAUAAUCAGAAUAACAAUGGGAACAAGCCCACUGGCACAGGAGCUGAUGUGCAGGUCCACCUUGGUUCAUCCCUGGGCAGUAGAGGCAGCACAGGAUCCCUUAGACAAAGCCCACAAAGUUCUGGUAGAUCCACUCCAGUUACAAGUCUUGGCUCUGUGCACCUUCAACAUGUCCGUGACCAAAUGGUUGUAGCUCUGCAGAGGCUGAAGGAUCUAGAAGAGCAAGUGAAAAUCAUCCCCAUUCUCCAGGUCAAAGUUUCAGUCCUUCAGGAGGAAAAGAGGCAACUGGUAUCUCAGCUCAAGAACCAGAGAGACAACAAGGACAUAAAUGAUGUCAUCCUGAAUAGAGCAGAUAGCAUGGAAAGGUCUGACAACAAGAUAAAUGAAGAAGGACUUGAGGGCAUAGUGAGAAGUGACGACACUGACCUCCGGGAGUUCAGGCAACUGUCUGGUGAGAUGCAGGUAUUGGAAAGAACUAUCAAGGAUGGACAUUUGCAAGCAUGGCAUGGAAAAGAUCAUAGCCCACUGCGUGACAAGACAAUCAAGUCAGUCACAGGGGGUACUGAUAAAGUUAGAGAUAUUACAAUGUGUAAGCCAUUAAAAGAAAACAAAUAUGUGUACACUGAUCAAGUAGAGGUGAGGUCCAUUGCAACAGAAGUGUCUGAAGUUAAUCUUGGAAUUUACAGACAAAGGGAAGCAGAGCUUGAUGCCCAGCAACUAGUAAUUGGUACCUUGAAGGAGAGAAUUUGCCACUUAGAAGCAGAGUUGAAAGAAUCAGCUCUCCAGACAGAGAUGAGCCGUCUAAAACUGGAGCUUCAGGCUGCUGGUGCUAGGAAUCGAACUGAUAAAGCCUCAUUUGCUAGGCCAUCCACUGUGAGCACAGGCAUCGAUGCAAGGCCUCAAACCACAAGCAAAGGAGUGGGUAAUCACACAGAGUUCCGAGAUGCCAGCACAGGGGAGGCAACAGAGGUGAAGAAUGUGGGCAUAUCUUGUUGUGUACCUGAGCUGAAGGAUGUUUGCACAGGACCAGAGGUACCCAUGAGCCACUGGGAGGUCAGGGAGCGAGUGGAGACCUUAGAAAAGGGUGUGGGGAACCAUGUUUUCACAAACACACAAGGAGUUGGGAUGGAAAUAAGGUUACGUGAUGCAGAAACCAACACAGAGGCACCAGUAGAGAAUCUAGGGUCUAAGAAAGGAAAGGUCAGUUAUAAUUCGGUGGCUUGUGGGGACUGUUCUAUUGAUGUGAUCAUCUACGAGGCAAAGGAAGUGGUUUCUCAAAGUAUUGCCACAGAUCAAGUCAGAGGAGUGGAUCUUGGAAUCAUGGCAUCACCCCAGACAGCUUCUCAGCGUACCAACACUGUAUCCAGUUCAGUGUCUCGCUUUACCAACACCAGACAUGCCUUCAACACAGACUCCAGCACUAACACUGUCCUAAAUACCAAAGACAAGCACACAAACACCACUCAGACUGUUACCAGGACAGUGUCAGCAGGCAACAGGGUCCAAGAUAUGAAAUGCACUCCAGAGACCUGCACAGUUGGUGUAGGAACUGGAAAUCUGCAAAGUGUCAUAAAGCAAACACUAGGGUCAGUCCGCAAGGUAACUAGAGACACUGGUGUAGGAUUCACCAACAUUAACGAGAAUUUCCUGGUUGGGCUGAAAACCCGUAAUAUGGCCUCUGGACCAUCCCAUCUGCCAGACCCAAUCAAGACAAGGAGCAUCGGUGUAGGUGAGGGGAGGAUACGGAAUUUGUCCGUUUCAUCCAGUAAACCUGGUCAGAUGUUCCAGCAACCUGUACAGUCCCAGUGGGAUCCCGAGCUGAACCAUUACAUAGAGAAGAUGCAUAGGCUUCUCAAGGAGCAUGGGGACCUGCUCACAGAGGACUACACUCCCCAGAGGGACGGGAUCAUCCUGCAGCAUAGUAAUCAAGAAGCCAGCUCCAAACUGUCCUGUAAUAACAGAGCUGCAGCACAAGGAGGAACAGAAGUACUUCCUUUAGACGCUCAUUCAGCAGUCAGCAGAGAGUUUCAGCCUCCAUCUCAGUAUCAUGCUGAUUCUUUCAAGUGUGACAAAGCAAACCCAGGAAUGUGCCAACAGGGUGGCAGUGAUUCAGAGGUCAAAAGAAUGAUACAGAUGUUAGAACAACAGGCAUCAACAGCUCUGCAAGACAGGUCAACUAACGCCGGUGUGCUUCAAUCUGUGACGAAGAAACAGAAUAGUGACCAGGGCUGUGGCAGCAACAGGAAGAGCAUGAAGUUUUUGAGGGUGACCACAGGAUUGGACCCCAUGUUGUCUUAUGAGUUCUCCUCCAGUGAAAAGGCUCACUCUGAGGAAGUAGAAAGAAGAGGAAACAAAAAAAUCAGGGAAGCUUCUCAAGAUGGAACGCAAGUCAGAAAGGUCAAAGGUGGCUCCAACAAGGGCUCGAAAGGGUCUGCAAGAUCACAUAUACAACAGAGAUGCAAGUUAAGUGAAAAGAUGUUUUCUGCUUGUCAAGCCUUAAAGAUGCAUCUGAGUGAUGAGACAAAUCUAUCCAGCAGAGAGCUGAACGACUGUCUCCAAACACUCCGGCAGGAAUGGUUCUCUGUGUCCAGCCACAAGUCAGCGGCCCCCGACACAGUGGAGGACUACUUGUCUGCUUUUCGGGUCAUUUCACCGUCAGUAUUACAGCAUAUAGCUAAUAUGGCUGAUGGCAAUGGAAAUACAGCUUUGCACUACAGCGUGUCUCACUCCAAUUUUGGCAUUGUCAAGAAAUUGCUUGAUGCAGAGGUGUGUAACGUGAAUCAACAGAACAAAGCAGGUUACACUCCCAUCAUGCUGGCUGCGCUUGCAGCUGUGGAAAGUCCCGAGGAUAUGAGAGUUGUGGAGCAGCUCUUCACAAAAGGAGACGUCAAUGCCAAGGCCAGCCAGGCUGGUCAGACAGCUCUGAUGCUGGCUGUGAGCCACGGCAGGAUGGACAUGGUGCAGGCGCUCUUGGCACGUGGGGCAGAGGUCAACCUCCAGGAUGACGAGGGCUCCACGGCGCUGAUGUGUGCAAGCGAGCACGGCCACGCUGAUAUUGUUAGACUGCUGUUGGCCCAACCAGACUGCGAUGCCACCCUGACUGACAGUGAUGAAAGCACAGCUCUGUCCAUUGCACUGGAGGCAGGACAUAACGACAUUGCAGUGCUCCUUUACGCCCGUGCUAACUUCUCCAAAGGACAGACUGGGGCAGCUGCUCGUCACAGUGGCAAGUGUCUCUCCUCAUCUGCGGGCAGAAAUUUCUUUGAAUGAGAUGAUGCCCCUGAGCCCUUAACAAAGGGGUCAAUUUUAAGUCAACUUCAUAUGUAUAGAUGGAAACCAAGUCAGGCUGAUUCUUUUUACUACCUGACAGAAUGCUCCUUUCAUUGACAGUUAACUUCCAAGGGCAGCAUGUAAAGAACUAAAUAUAUAGUGUGUACUUUCCUGUAAAUCAGUAGGUGAUAUACUGUAUGCAUAGCAGAGUGUAUUAAGAGGUGAUAGUUAAUGUAUCCUACGAUUGUCUAUUAUAUACUAACUCUUUGAAGUUUCUUUAACCAUUUUCUCUUUUUUCAAACGAUAUUUAUGAUUGCAAAAGGAAAUGAGAACAUACAGUAGAGUAUAUAGUACAGUAGCAUCCAACCCAAUAAAGAAAAUAAAGAUAAAGAAAUAGCUCACAGAUUGCCAAGCUUGAUUUUGUUAAUUAUUCUGAAAAAUAAAAUAAAUUCUUCAUCCAUAUGUUAUUGUAUACUACUGUCAUAGAAGAGUCAAGAAAUAUAAUAAACAUUUGAAAAAUGUUUCACGUUGACAUUUGAUCCAAUACCAGAGCUACAGCUACAUGCAGUUACAAACUGGAGCAGGACUUUUGUUUCUAAGCUUCAUGGGAGAUGGUGUUUUUGUAAAGUUAAACCAUUCUUGUGUUGGUUUGAUGAACAUGAAGCUGGCUCUGUUGUUUUGUACAGAUUAGACAAAUGAGAUGUUCAUCAGCUUAAGAGGUGCUAGACAGCAGAUUUCACUUCUGCCUUUGGUCAGAGCCAGGCUAACUGUUUGUUUCCCUGUUUCCAGUCUUUAAAAAUAAAAAAAUAAAGUGAAAAAAUGACCUCAAUACUUUUUGUACUGGUUCAGCGUCUGUUUCUUUGCCACGUCC